UGAAUUCCAACUCGGGAACUCUGGCCUCUUUCUAGAUCUCCGACUUUCCAACUUGAAGAUCACUGACGUCAUGAUUUGACCUCAUAUUUUUCCCGAGUUCCCAGUUGUUUUGAAUACCGCAACACUGAAGUUGGAAGUCUGAGAUUUCCGAGUUCUCAGUUCCCAGUUGUUUUUAACAUGGCAUAAUGAUUCUUCAUCGUUUGAUCACAUACACCGCAAUUUGUCAGUGGAUGACACGUCCGAUGACUUGGCACGCAACCAUUGGUUGUUGCGUCUCCUCGCCUAGCUAUGGAACGCGCUCCCAAAUUCCAUGAUUUAUUAUGAGUUUCUUAUUUUUAAGAAACUUAUUUUUUGAGAAAUAUUAAAUAGACUAUGAGAGGUCAGGUUUGUUCUGUAUGAGGAGCAUCAAAUAUGUCACUGAAUUAUUUUGUGUAUUCAGGACUCGUGUAUCCUAUUAGAGAUAGGUAUUUUCUCUCUUUUUGUUUGAAUUAUUACCUUGCUGCCAAGCCAUCAAAAGCAAAAAUAACGUGUCCGCAACGAGGUGUAAAAAUGUUGUGGUGUUCCUUUAAUAAAAUAACGGUGCAUUGUGGGAUGUAAAAUGGCUCCAUGGUGUAGUCAGCAAACUAGCCAACUCUUACAGCCAUAACGUUACAUUUACAAAUGAGUACCGUCGAUGAAGCAUUGCUAUUAAUUGCUGAAUAGUAGUAUAGAGAAUAUAGCUUUGAGAAUCAACAACUUUUAUUGCAUUCAUCUCUUUUUUUUUCGUCGAGACAACAGCCACCAUGUCUGCCAAUGUAGACAAAGUGAGAAGUCAGUCCAGCACAAGAAGAGAUGAUAGAAGAAGUACUGAGUCCUCCACAAGAAGAGAUUACAUUAGAAGAGAUGACAAAGGAAGUACAGAGACUGCCAGAAGAAGAGAUGACAAAAGAAAUACUGAGACUGCCAGAAGAAGCGAUGACAAAAGAAGUACUGAGACUGCCACAAGAAGAGAUGACCGAAGAAGUACUGAGACCGCCAUAAGAAGAGAUGACAGAAGAACAACAAGUACAGGGAAAGAAAAAAUUAAAAGGAAAAGCCGCAGUAGAUCGUCAUCUUCCUCCUCAUCCAGCUCAUCCUCGUCAUCGGGAUCCUCUUCAUCAUCCUCAUCCAGCUCCUCGUCUGGCAGUAGGAGUAGUUCGAGCAGCAGUGAUUCCCACAGCAAGUCCAGAAAGAAUUCUAAGAAAAGGAAAAAGGAAAAACAACUCAAAAAGAAAGGGAAAAGGGAGAAAAAGCUUAAACGGAAGAAGGACAAGAAAAUGAAGACGGAGGAGGAAAGCGCUGGACCUGGACCUAUUCAGAUAUCCAAGUAUUUAAAAGAGAGAAAGAGAAAAAGCAAGUUCAGCAUGAUUUCAGGAAAGAAGAUAAAAAUGAAAUUGAAGAAGUCAAAGAAAGACAAGCUGAUUUUUGUGUGUGUUUAUUGUUUUCAACAGAGAGACAAGAAUCGCGCAGAACUGCUUGAAUUCCUCAACUCCACGUUGUAAUGCAUGGACCGUCACCGUUAGUUGCGUUCCAGAAUCUUCCACUUUUUUCCAGAACAGAACUCAGGGAAAGAACCCAUGUGAUAAAGCUCUGAAAGAAAAUCAAUUUUUAGGUUUGUUAUUAUCACAGGAAGAGAUUGGGGAUAUGGCCUAGGUUGUUUGAAAAUGUCAGUAAAAGCCAUGUCUCUGAAUUUGACUUGUAUCUCUUGUAGAAAAAAUGUGCUUUCACUUGGUUGCCGGCGCCUUUCUGCAGACUAUUUGUAACGGAUGUCUGUAUUUUGAUUUUUAGAACUGUAAUUUUUACUAUAAUAUUGAAGGAGCCAGUCGCUGACUUUUUGUCUGUAUGUUUGCUAAGUAAGAUAGUGUUGAUGUGGUGGAAUUUACUGUCAUCCGCAAAGAUCUUAGUGAUGAACAACCUACCCGAGUUCAAAUUGUAUUUGUUUUCUUUGGGAUUGAUCAAAGGUGUAAUCUGCUGUUGCUAAAUCAAUUUUUAGAUUUAAAUGAAUGAUAUACCCAUUUAUUCUCGAAGAAUAUAACUUACAGAUGCCUAACUGUCGUACCCCACCAGGACCCAAAAUAUAAGCUUGUUUUAAAUGUAAACAAACACUAUAUAGCCUUAAAACAUAGUUUUAACCAUUUGGAUGUCAUGGAUGGUAAGUCCUUGUUUUCAUAGCUCUGUCCAUGAGUUUAAGAGUUGUCCAAUUCCUCCAGCCCCAUAGCUGAGCUAUGUACCUAAUCAAUGGUGGGGUGUCUGCUUUGUUAUUGUUUCGAACUGCAGAUUUCCCCCUUUAAGCAUGCCUGGCACAAUGGAACAAAGGAAAAGUGCCAACUCUCCAUUUUUCACUCCAGGCAGGCUCAAAGUAUUUGAAAUCAAAUACUAUUUGAACCCAGAUGUGAUGAACAAAGAGAUUUGUGUAAGCUUCAUUGUAGUGUAAUCUGUCAAAUAAAACAACAGUCUGGCA